GGAGCGGCGGCCGGACUCUCCUCGCUCGCCCCGUACCAGCGUCGUCCCUCGUUCCCUCCCUCCCGCCGGCUGGCGCGGCGCAGGCGGGCGGCUCCUCCACUGGGGCUGCGCUCGGCGUUCCCUCUCCCCGCAGCAGCUGCCGCCUGGCGGGCUACGCCCCGCGCCCCCUGCUCGCCGCUAGCCUUCCGCGAGCGCGGCCCGAGCCAUGCUGCUCCUGGUGGUCGCCUUCAUCGUGUUCUUCGUCCUCCUCCUCUACAUGGUGUCACCGCUCAUCAGCCCCAAGCCCCUCAAGUUGCCCGGCGCUCAUGUCGUGGUAACUGGAGGCUCCAGUGGAAUUGGAAAAUGUAUUGCUAUUGAAUGUUAUAAGCAAGGUGCUUUUAUAACACUGAUUGCAAGGGAUGAGAACAAGCUUUUGCAGACAAAGAAGGAAAUAGAAAAGUAUUCUGUUAAUGACAAGCAGGUUGUACUAUGUAUUUCUGUUGAUGUAUCUAAAGACUAUGAACAGGUGGAGAAUGUUCUAAAACAGGCUCAGGAGAAGCUGGGACCAGUUGACAUGCUUGUAAACUGUGCAGGAACAUCAGUUACAGGAAAAUUUGAGGAAAUUGAAGUGAAUUCUUUUGAAAGAUUAAUGGCAGUCAAUUAUCUGGGUAGCGUUUACCCGAGUCGAGCAGUAAUCACUACCAUGAAGGAACGAAGAAUGGGAAGGAUUGUGUUUGUAUCAUCUCAGGCUGGGCAAUUAGGCCUAUUUGGUUAUACAGCGUAUUCUCCAACAAAGUUUGCUCUUCGAGGGUUGGCUGAAGCCCUGCAAAUGGAGGUAAAACCUUAUAAUAUCUACGUAACGGUGGCCUAUCCUCCAGAUACUGACACACCUGGCUUUGCAGAAGAAAGUAAAACAAAGCCCUUAGAGACAAAGCUAAUUUCUGAAACCUCAUCUGUUUGCCAAGCAGAACAAGUCGCCAGAGUUAUAGUCAAAGAUGCCAUACAAGGGAACUUCAACAGUUCUGUUGGAUCAGAUGGUUACAUGCUGUCAAUAUUGACAAGUGGAAUGUCACCAGUCACUUCUAUUACUGAAGGGCUUCAGCAGGUUGUUUGCAUGGGCAUUUUUCGCAUUGUUGGCCUGUUUUAUCUGGGAAGUUUUGACAGCAUAGUUCGUCGCUGCAUGAUGCAAAGGGAAAAAUCUGAAAAUGCAGAUAAAACUGAGUAAUCUUUACUUUGAAUUGAAAGAAGAGUGUCGAACAGUCCUGGACAGCUUGCUGCUCAAGUGUGGGACUCUUUUUUUUUCUCCUGAAGGAUUUAGACUGGAAGUACUCGCAUCUGUGACAGAUGAGUCCCCUUAAAAGCUAUGAAAGAAAACAGAAGUACAACUCCAGAAGACGCCCAACUAUGCAAAAGUGUGAAUGAGGAUUAGAUUUUUCUUUUUUUGGUUAUUUGAGUUGGAGAGAAUUGAGGGAGCUUGUAAGUGACCUGCAGAACAGAGUUUGAGAGUGGACUAGAUGUGGUAAUUCUGGACAAAUGCUUAAGUUUUCUCACUUUGGUGCUUAUGGACAAAAUAAGUACCACGGCAGACUGGGCUGAAGUAGAAUGAAGUCCCCUGAACAAGUUGGUACUUUUUGCCAACGUUUUGGGACAGAUUUAAUUUAGAAUGUUAACUUUGGCCAGUCUACAGAUCCUUCUGUCAAUGAUGGCUUUCCUUAUUCUGUCCAACAUGCAACUGUGGAAAACCUUAAGAUGGCAGAUACAUUUGUAUGAUCCGAGCUUUCUCAGUCUGGGAGUAAUUAAAAAGUAUGGUUUAAUAUAUGCAUACUUUCUAAAGGGAGACGAAGAACCCAUUCCCACAGAGAAAUGCUAGGAGAUGUGACUGGGUCUGUAGCUCUUCUGGCCUUCCAAGUAUGUUGUGAACAACAACAACAAAGUCAAACCAGUAUCAUGUGUGUUGAUUGACUUUCAGCAUUUUAAGCCAUUGAAAUAAUGUACAAUUUUUACAGAUACUUUGUCUGCCAGUUUUUGCUCUGGAAAGUAGCUUAAUGCUACUGAUAAGAACAUUAUUUUUCAAAGCUGCAAAUGAUGAGCCAAACCAGUAGUUGAUUAUAGAGUCAAUUGUAAUUAAAAUGCCAGGCUCUUACAGUAGCAGGAAUGUAGCUGCUUUAGGCCAGGGGGGUUGGGGGAGGAGCACCGUGUGUCAGAAUGGCAUUCCACCUCAUUUUAUCACUACACGCAAGAACUUUCACAUGACAAGAAGUGAUUUAAAAUACUCUCCUUCUAUGCCCCACUUCUAAUUUGCUUCAUUUACAUUAUACAAAACAAGGCUGCUCAAUAGCUGCUGUAGAAUACACAGAAUCCAGUGGUCUUAACACUGAAAAAGCUUGAUGCAUAACAAUGAUGUUUUAAGGGUGCACUAUAUAUACUGUUUAUUUAAUGGACCACUAUAGUAAGUGCCUUGUGAGCUGGGUGUUUUUUUUUUUUUCCCAAAUGCUGCAUAUUUUGUAUUUGUUAGCACUGCUGUGUUUUCAGUGUCAUAUUUUUGAUUUUCAGUCCGUAAUCUGAAUCUAAAUGUACUUGUAAAACCUGGGCACUUUCACUUCCUUGAGAGUAGUGUUUAACAACAAAACAGGCAAAAUUGAUUUUGUUAAAAUAUUUUCUACAUCUAUUUAAGAAGUUAUUCAGUUAAACUGAGAUGAAAAAUAAUAGGUGGUUAAUAAGAAAAUCUUUACAGUAUAAUUUAUUGAGGCUAUUUAUUUGCCAUCUCUGAGUUUGGUAACCACUUUUCAAAUUUUGUUCACAUAGGCUACACUUGCUUGAAUACUUGGUUUACAAACAUACUUUUGGGGGAGGGUCACAUUGGCACUCUCACUUUAAAUGGUUGGACUUUGAUUAGAUUGCGAAAUGUCGGUGCAUUUUUGACUUCUUCACAAAGCCUGUGUUUUAGGCCCUGCCUCCUGAUUUUGUUUAGAUACGUGAAGUUGUGCAUGCCUGUAAUCUAAUAUUAAUUUUGAGAAUAGAGUUUAUUCCUGCAUUUUUAAACAGCUGGGCUUAAGUGCAAAGAAAUCUAGUGUGCAUAUGUGUUUCCUGUGCUGCUGACUGUGGAUGACAUAAUGGAACUUUUAUCAUACAUCCAUUGUCAAUAUUGCUGCGUUUCUUAAAGCAACAUAACAAUGGUAUUUGGACCCUAUUAUCUAUGUUAAUUCUUGAUGCUAAUCAAAUAUUACUUUGACGGCCUGCAAAAGAUCCCAAAAUGGGUAAAUCACUUGUGCUGUAGUUUGAAAGAAAUGCUUAUGUAGAUGACUUGAUGUCAACAUGAGCUUGAAGGUCAGGACUUAAAAUCAGUAAGACUUUAAAUACUUGAAUUUUUGGAUCUUCAACUUAGAACUUUGAAGGGUUUUCAUUUAAGAAGCAUAAUCCAGAAGGUCAGAGCACACACAAGGCGCUAUGGCAGCUGGGCCUCUUUGAAAUAUUUCAGGUUGGACAUCUUUGGUCACUAAUUACUCUUUUUGACUGGAGAGUCCUCUAAAUAGUAACUGAUAUAAUUCAGUUCAGGUGUCUAUGAAGGAGGAAUAAGAAUAUUGGGUGAAAAAUUCUGGCCAUGAUUCGUAGAGACUUCAGUUCACGUGUGAUUUUGCAUAGUGGUUGUAUUGACAGUGAAACUAUAGGUUGAACCCCUCGGCAAUUCUGGAAAUUAGAAGGAGGCAAGUUGUUUGAAGGAACAAGUAAAGAAUAAUAUUUUUAAAUGUUCUACUUUCUGCUGUUGCAAGUUAAUGCGGUUCAUUUUAACUGAUAUAUUGUCAAAUCAUAGUAUGUUGUCAACUACAGCAAACUUUGGUGUAAAUUUUGUUUUCUUAAUGCACAUUAUCUACCAAUGUACUUAUUUUAAGGUCCAAUAUUAAGUGAAGGAGAUGCCUUGUAAACUUAUGGAAAACAUUUAGCAGCCAAAAAAAAUGUUUUGCCAGUUUAAAUGUUACAAAACCUUUGUGUUGAAUUGUUUUAGCAUUGUAUUAGAUCUGUGAAGAACCUCAAAUAGGCUUGAUUACGUUUUGUCAGAUUGUCAAUAAUUUAAUCACUUGUGCCAUAUCAGUCCCUGUCUUGUCUCUUGUUUUCUUGAUCAAUCCUUAUGAUUCGAUGUAGGCUUUGAUGGUCUUCUCCAUUCCAUAUACUUCCUAAUGACUGUCCGCUUUAAAUACAGAUCUAUUGUAACUUUACAUAUAGUUUACUUCACCAAGGUGUUCAUGUGCAAUUUAAAAAGAUUUAAUAUUUUACUAAGAAAAAAUAUAUAGGUAAAUAAACUUUUAUUUGCUGUGAAAAACUCUAGGCACUUUUAAAUGCUAAACAUAUAUAGUGUUAUUUGUAAAAAAAAACUUUGUGCUUAUUGCUUCAUCAUUUUUGUGCCAGAACUGUAAACUAGUUUUCAUAUUUUAUAUUUCUCAAAAUAAAUGGAGAAUCAACAAA